CGGGUUUUCAGAGACACACGUCAGACACACACGCGAGCACCUAGAACCAAGAGCAAUCACAGAAGUCAUUCUGGCUCUCGCCAGAUAACAAGCCAUCAACCGCACCGCGUAGCUCCAGGUCUGCGCGGGAACAACACAUUGCAUCGAGCUGCUGUCGCCAGCGAAGCCGUCGAUCGCGAAUUUGACAUAUCUCGUGGUCGUCCAUCUGUGGAAAGGACGUAGCUAUCAAGACGCCGUCGCCCCUUGCUCGCUGUCUCCACGCCGAUGGGUGAUGCAGGUUGAACUCCAUUUGCACCAAUGCUCGAUCGUGGCUGAUGUCUUAGCCUUGUGUAAUAUGGGGCAGGAAUGGGGGCAGGUGUAGCGACCUGGCUCUGCAAGCCCGUUGGGUCUUCUUGCUUCUUCCCCUGAAGGUGUCUCCUUUUCUUCAUUGCCGCAUUCAUGGGCGUCUCCUUUCCCUUUGGCUGUUCAUCGAGUCGUUCUCUUUUCCCUUUGACCCGAGCGCCAGAUGUGUGGGCACCGCAAGAGGAGGAGGCAGGCCCAACACCAUAACCACGGAAGAAAAGAGGUACAGACGGCACUCUUCCCUCGACGGGCGUGGCCAGCACAUUUGGUCGCACACCGUCUUGGUUAGGCUCCGGAAAGAGUGCGCGUCCCCACGGAUGGGCGUGAUAGAGUACUGGCUGGGGAAGAAAGAGUCCAAGCGGCGGCGGGGGUGACGGUGCGGGUAUAAAUGACAUUGGUGGUGGAGGGGCUGUUGUUACGGGGCACGGGGGAGGAGAGGGCUGUAUCGGUGCUGAGAGUCGAUCGCAACUGGGAGGCACAGACGGCUCCAUACCUAAACGAACAGUCGAUGAGACAGCGUGACAGACAGACCCAUUCCACCGCCAAGCUCGGCUCGUGUCAGACCUUGAUGAGGCUCUUCCACCUCGUGGUCUGGGGCAGUAUCGGCAGCAGGGGAGUCAGGUGUGUCUGCGGGCGUUGACGCCUCAUCCACCUGGUUGAUGAUGUCUUCGACGGACAAGUCUCCCUGCAGGGACCGGCGAAGAACACACCACUCGCUGUUGAUCGACUGGCUGAUGCGCUUCACUGGAUGCAUCCCAUAGAGGAACAUGCAUCUGUCUCCUUGGAGAGGUUGCUGCUUGUUCUCUCACCUUUCUGCAGGAUGGCAUGGCGGUCAUCAGGAUCAAGGACUGGACCGAACGACUGCUCAAACUUGUCUGCAUACGAGCGUACAGAAAGGACGACAGAUCCAGGCUUGUUUGGCUUUUCUCUUCGGUAUGAGUUGUGACCUGGAUGCCAUCUCAUUGACAACAGGAAGAAGGCACGCUUGGGCUCUUCAGCAUUCUGCUGCAACCAAUCUGCGAAAGAGAGAGCGGUACUAGCAAGAUGUUGAAAUCCUUGUACCAGCAAUAUGCUCACCAGUGAGAAUUCGGUCCUCUCUUGGAGGCCAUGGAACGUGGUAGCGGCCGAUCAGCUGCAUCACACAGAAGAAAUACGAAUAAGAGUUUGCGGCCAUUCAUCUGUCUGCCUGACGAGCGGCCACGAAUGCAUGUAUGGCCGCGAACAACUCACCCGAGGUGGGUGUCUCUCGAAGUCACGCCACGCCAUCUCGUGAGCCUCCCAGCUCGACAAAAAGAGUGGCACUUUACCCUCCAGCUGAGGCCGUACCAGAGUGUCUCCCUCACCACGCCGACCAACAAAUUGCCGUCUUUCUCCGCCGUGUUUCAGUUGUGGCCAUUGCCGCCGUUGACAAGCCGCGCCAGCGGCAGGCACCCGAUGUCGCUGUGUGUGCUUUGCAUCCGGGACCUCCCGGUCUCGCCCCAUGUGUAGCGGAUGCCUGCCGCUCUCGCUGUGACGAGACGACUGCUGCGUCCGACGGGAACGAUAAUGAGAAGUGCGGGAGAUUGGGCUGCGUGGCCUAGACAAAGAUGGCGACCUGCGGACAAAACAUGAGACAAUCAACAUGCCUGAUGUCUGAUUGGACACUGCUUCGUGUUGCUUGCCUGCAGAAGCUGUGUGCCCUUGUCAUUCGUGUCAGGAAUCGUUCAAGGUUUCCGAGCUCUUUCUGAAACGACGAGUACGGCCCUUCCACCAGGUCACAGUCGAGACAAAGGCUCGGGCCGUC